AUGGAUCGUCACCUGGCUUCGGCGGGCUCCCGUGGGGAGCUUGGCCGUCUACUACAGGCGGUGCUAACGAGCCGUGGCCAGGCCAACGCGGUGUUUGACAUCCUGGCUGUACUUCAGUCCGAGGACCCUGAGGAUAUCCAGGAAGGAGUGCGUACGUGCAGCCGACUCUUCGGCACCUUGCUGGAGCGGGAAGAGCUCUUCGUGGGCUCGCUGCCACGCGAGGACGGGGUCCUGGCAGGAUCCCAGGGAGCCACACACAAAUACAAAGUUUGGAUGAGACACCGCUAUCACAGCUGCUGUAAUCGCCUGGAGGAGCUCCUGACCCAUCCCUCCUUCCAAGUCAAGGAGCUGGCCCUCAAGACACUCAUGAAGUUUGUGCAGCUAGAAGGAGCAAAACCCCUGGAGAAGCCCCAGUGGGAAAGUCACUACCUCUUUCCCCGCACACUCUUCAGGGCAGUGGUAGGAGGCCUGCUCACACCCGAGGUUGACCACAGCCUGCUUAUCUCCCAGUUCUGCGAAUACUUGGAAUAUGAUGAUAUACGAUACCACACAAUGCAGGCGGCCACAAGCACUGUAGCCCAAGCCACCAGCCAGCAAUCUGAGGUGUCACCCACCUUCUGGAACAAUGCCUUCAUGUUGCUGUCUGUUGUGAACCUGCCCCUCCAAGAGCAUGACCUUACCAAGUUCUAUGUGAAGCACACACAGACAUCAGACAAGUGGAAGGUCAUUCACUUGAAGGAGCACAGAAAAGCUUUCCAGGAGAUAUGGCUUGGGUUCCUUAAACAUAAGCUGCCCCUCAGCCUCUACAAGAAGGUACUAGUGGCUAUGCAUGACUCCAUCCUGCCCCACCUGGCUCAGCCCACCCUCAUGAUUGACUUCCUCACAAGUGCUUGUGAUGUGGGUGGUGCCAUCAGCCUCCUGGCCUUGAAUGGGCUUUUCAUCCUAAUCCAUAAGCAUAACCUGGAAUACCCUGAUUUCUAUCAAAAGCUCUAUGGCCUUCUGGAUCCAUCCAUCUUUCACGUCAAGUACCGAGCCCGGUUCUUUCACUUGGCCGACCUCUUCCUUUCCUCCUCCCACCUCCCCGCCUACCUGGUGGCUGCCUUUGCCAAACGCCUGGCCCGGCUGGCCUUAACAGCACCUCCUGAGGCCCUUCUUAUGGUCCUGCCCUUUAUCUGCAACCUGUUGCGUAGACACCCUGCCUGCCGAGUUAUGGUGCAUCGUCCACAGGGCAUUGAGCUAGAUGCUGAUCCAUAUGACCCAGUAGAGAAGGACCCAGCCAGGAGCCAUGCCUUGGAGAGCUGCUUGUGGGAGCUGCAGACUCUUCAGCAGCACUACCAUCCUGAGGUAUCCAGAGCUGCCGGGGUCAUCAACCAGGUGCUAUCUGUCCCUGAGGUCAGCAUUGCGCCACUCCUGGAACUUACUGCUUAUGAGAUCUUUGAGCAGGACCUGAAGAAGAAGGCACCUGGGUCAGUGCCCCUGGAGUUCAUCCCAUCCAAAGGCCUGCUGGGCCGACAGGAUCACCUCUGCACCCAGUUCUUCACUCUCACCUGACCUGGCCUCAUCUCCUAAGAAUUUUCUUUUUGUGUCUGAGACAGACUCUCACUUUGUAACCCAGGCUGGCCUGUAACUUGUGGUCCCCCUGGCUCAGCUUCCCUGGUGCUGAGGUACAAGGGUCUACCACCAUGUCUGCGUUCAAAUAAAUGCUUUUUUUUUUUUUUUAAAGGGAGUAUAUCUGGCCAGUCGGGUCUUGGGCAGAGUUGGAAUCUUUGGGCCAAGUUUCUUCCCUGCUAGGCAGGCAGGGGCUGCCAGAGUCCUCUGCCUUUCUUGUAGCCUGGAGGACAGGACAGAGGGCUUGGAUAUUUCCACAAGGAUCCUGGGGAGGUGGCGCAGGAGCACUGGGCCCAUUUUGUAAUAGGGCAGCCCUGCUAUAUCCAUCUGUGCUUAGUUUAGACUCAUGUGAGGCAGGGUACCCAAGUGGUGUCCUGGGGACACAGAUCUGCCCCAAUCUUCUGGGCUGCUGUAAGUCUACUUGCUCUUUACCACAGAGAGUCUAGUUUCUAUCAGUUUCAUCUGAAGGUUGUUCAAAGAGAUGUCUUGGAUCUGUACUGAUUCAAGCAGAUGAGUAUACUGUCCUGUUUCUACUCCCAGUUUGGCUGUUUGGAAUCUGUGUGAACCCAUUUGCAAGGGAUUGGUCAGUAGGCCUUACUGUGCAUGACUUGUAAGGCUUUGACAGAAAUGAUGGUGAGUGGAUUUGUUUGUCAUGUGCAGAUUUGGGAACACAGGACUGGCUUCCAUAUGUCAUUGCCUUAGCCACAGUUUUGCUGUCCUCCAGUCAUUCUGGUUCCUGCCUGAGGGCAUUUCUGCUGGCCACACCAUUUCUCUAAAUUCAAGCUCUGUCUGGAAUGUGGACUUGGUGGUGCUCCACAGGUGGAACUGAGCUGUGAGGGUAAGAUGGUUGGGAUCAGCAAGAGGACCCUGGGAGCUCUGUGGGAUGCCCAGAACUUCCCGAGGCCAAGCUUCUGUGGAUCACAUAGAACGGAAGGUAUGGGAGUGAGCAAGCUGCCCAGGAGGAGGCAGAGGAGUCUCCUGGAAGGCAGCUACCCCAUGUCAGUGACUACAGUUGUGAGUUGUCCCUCUCUGUGCUUAGUUCUCUGUGGGCAAUGUGUAUAACAUCUAGUUGGGUCAGGCUCUUUAGGGCCACCUCACAUGUUGCUUGCUUGCAGGGAAAGGCCUGUGGUGGUGUCUACACAAGUGAGGACAUACACACUCACUGACUGGCAGUCCCUUAUCAGGCAUUAUCCAGUCCCUAAUCUGCCAUUGCAUCUAUGCACAGGGGCCAAAACUGGGAGCAAGCCUCACGGGACUGGAUAGCGUGCUGAAUGUUGGAGGGUUUUACCCGUAUGCCAGCAUUUGGUAUUUUCCAUCCCAUCCUAUGCUGGCUCCUGUGGCUCUUGCCUUGGUAAAGGUAUGUUUCUCAUUUCCCUGGGGGGUCUCAGAAGGUAGAUGUUGUAUAUAAACUACCAGGGACUCCAGCUCUUAAUUUUCUCCUGCCCACUGUUGCCCUUAAAGUGGUUGCCCAAUCACCUGAUGGCUUUUCCUUUACCACUGGGUCAUCAUAAAGUCAGGCCUUUGAGUACUGCCCAAUUGUCAGUAUAGGUUGUUACUGACCAAAGUUCCCAUAUUGUCACAUGGUGCUUAUUUUCAUUCGUAUUGCUGCUACCUGCCCAUUCUGGUUUGGCACCAUGCAGAUACGACUUGGACACCAGCCAUCAGUAUGAAUUGGGGAUGUCCCUUCUAGUAUUCAGUCAGGGUUGGCUGGAGAGUCAAUUGCAGGAGGAGAGGUUCUGGCUUUAAAUGGCACUGGCCCCAGUACCACCUACAUAGCAUUGGUGAUAAGGGUUUGUCUUAGGGUUUCUAUUGCUGUGUUGACUCUCAUGACCAAAGCACCUUAGGGAGGAAAGGGUUUGUUUGGCUUAUAACAUUGUUCAUCAAAGAAAGUAGGGACAGGAACUCAAAUGGCAGGAACUAAUGGUAGAGACUAUGGAGGUAGCCUUGGUUGUUCUGGAACUCGCUCUGUAGACCAGGCUGGCUCUGAAUUCACAAAGAUCCACCUACC